GGGCUCACAAGGAGGUUAUAAGACACAGGUAGAGGAAGGUGAAGUUCUCCUCGCAGAAACCUGGGAAGUCCAACUCCACCUCGCUUGGCUGCUGUUGUUUUUUGUAGACAUGUGGACGCGAGCUGUGCUGUGCGCUGCGCUGCUGUCCGCGCUGUGUCCGGCGGGGAGGACGGAAGCCGAGAGGGAGGAGAGAGAAGUGCAGGACACGCGCUACAACUCCAACAAACUGCUCGGUGCGCUGCAUGAAGUUCUGGAGAAGCUGCAGACAAAGAGGAUCAAUCCUUGGGAGAAGAAGUAUGGGCAGGUUCCCUCUUGUGACCUCGGGGAGCAUUGUGCCGUCAGGAAAGGAUCUCGCAUCGGGAAGAUGUGCGACUGUCCCCGAGGAGCGUUCUGCAACUUCUUCCUGCUCAAGUGCUUAUGAACCAAUCACACCACACACGUUUAUUUUAAAUUGUACAGUUUACAAAUAUAUAAAUACAUUAUGUAUGUAAAGUAGCCAUCAAAGUGGAAUUAUGUGAAGAUGUCUGGCCGUGUUCUGCAUUAA